GCUGUAAAUAAUCUACAUUAUGUAAGCAAUGUCCUAGGCAUAAAAGACCCAAUACAUAAGCAAAAAAUAUCUCUAAAAGCUAUGGAUGUUGUUCUAUUUGGACCGCCACGAGAAACAGGCACUCGCUGGAAGGAUUAUAUUCUUGUCACUCUUUUAUUAAGUGCUAUAAUAGGAUGUUGGUAUGCCUACCAACAAAAUAAAAAUGCUAAGCGGCACUUGCGUCGCAUGGCACAGGACAUGGAAGGAUUACAACGGGCUGAACAAAGUCUACAGGAAAUGCAAAAGGAAUUGGAGCUAGCUCGUAUGGAGCAGGAAAAUGUUGCAACGGAGAAAAUGGAUCUUGAAAGGCGCCUUAAAGAAGUGCCUUCCCUUAGUUCGUCUAGCUCAGAUCUUGAGGUACAGCAGCUAAAAAAAGAAAUUGAAAUGUUGCGCAAUGAAUUAACACGUGCUGAGUUCGAGCUGGUUGAUAAUUGCUGGGCGCCCCCUCAGCAGUUGCAAUCAUGGUUACAGUACACAUAUGAGCUGGAAAGCAAAAACCAUCAAAAAAAACGCAUUUGUGCUGAGAAACAACUUCAAUCCGCGCGUGAAGCAUGUGAAAAAUUACGUAAAAAGCGAUCAAGCUUGGUUGGCGCUUUUGUUUCAACCCACGGUAAGAGCAUUGAUGACGUUGAUCGCUCUAUUGUCGAGGCACGUAACGCGCUUGGAGAAGUAACCAACGAGUUACAGGAACGCCUGCACCGUUGGAAGCAAAUUGAAACGUGUCUAGGCUUAAAUAUUGUCAAUAACAACGGAUUAACAUACUUAGAGAAUGUUCUCUAUAGCCGUAAUGGUGGUAUUACUGGCAGCAUCGGUGGUGUCAAUUCCACAAAAGGUUCUAGAGCGCGGAUCACAUGCAGCACAGACGACUUGGAUGAUGAUUCAGUACAAGAUAGCAAUGGAAAACUCUACCUUGCGGAACCAAUAUUUGAUUGACCAACGAACAUAUUUUUAGCAGUUAUAUUCACCUAAUUACUUUUGAAAAUUUUCUGUUAUAUAUGAAUAUACUUAUAUACAUAUGCAUAUGAAAUGCAGUUCGUCAAUCGACUAUUAAUAGUAACAUUUUAUUAUAUAAUUUAAUUAUGAAAUCAAGGCUGCAAACCGGUACUUGGAAGACAUACAUCAUUCUGCAGAUCUUUAUACUUAAAAACAUAUAUGUAUGUGACUCAAUAUAAAUUUAGAAAAUAUUAAACUUCGUUUACCACCAAUAAAUUUGUUUAUCCCAUAUCUCCUUCUUGGUUUGCAGCUUUUAUUUACUCCCAGUUUUAGAAAUGGUUACUGUCAAUGCAAAAAACGUUUUACGGAAGCUACAUAAAUAUUAUAUUAUUGCAUACAAUAUAUUUAUAUUAUUCAGUUAAGAGCAGUCAUUCUUAUUAAAUCGUAAGCUGUUCGACAAUUGUUUUACUCUAUGUAAGUAUAUAUAAUAAUCAUCAUAUUAUAUAAUUACUUUAAAAAGAGUGACAUGCAGCUGCUACGAAAAUAUGAUACAAAUGUAUUAUGAUCACGCGAAUUGUGAUUCCUGAAAAGUCAGCUUCACUUAAAAAAAAACUAGUGAAACUCUUUUUAAUAACGACUGCUUGUAAAUGUUUUAAUAAAAAAAAAUUGAACUACGUACGUACAUAAAUACAAAUCGCUUAUUUACCUAUAUCUGUCAUAUUUCCAAAAAGUUUUUUUUUGCAGAAAAUGCGUUUAAAGUUUUCUAUUCAGUAUUACUGCUGAAAAAAAUAAUAAUAUCUAUUGUUAUAACUGGAAGGGUAUUCACGAUAUGAACCUUGCAUAAGAAAUGGUAAUUCGAUGCAAAAGUCGAUUUUAUUAACUUAUGACAAUAUUCAAGUAAAUGAGCGAUAUAUGUAUUUGUGUUUGUAAUAUGAUCUAAAUUGUAAUUAAGAUUUGAAUCUAAAUUGUAAGGAUACAUGUGUUAAUAAAUAUGAUUUUCACCUAAAUUUCAUUAUGCUCUUAUCUUCCAUUGUUACCUUGUAAAGUACACCUUUAUAGAUUUUACUUCAAAUAAACACUGGAUUGUUUUUCUCAUAUUUUUUUUCGUAAACACUUCUUUUGUUUAAUUAAUUUGGGCGUUAUCCUUUCUGGAGCUUGUUCGUCAUAUUUAUAAAUGUAUAUGCAUAUAUAUCAAUUUUUGUACAUUGUGCAAUUAAUAAACGUUUUAUAUAUCGUUGUAUAAACCUCUAUGUAAUUGAAAAAAUAUUUAAAAAGCGAUAAAAAA